AUGAGUGAAUUAAAGGAUUUAAGUAAACAAAGGGCGUCUAUUCGUGCUCGUUUAACAUUAUUUGAAAAAUAUUUAAAGCCAUUAGUUGAGUUAAAACAAGCAAGUAAAAUAGAAAUUAAUGAGUUAACUUUGCGAAUUAGUAAAAUACAAGAUCUGUCAUGUUCUUUUGAUGACAUUCAGUCAAAGAUAGAAUUUUUGGAUUCAGAUAUUAGUCAAAUAGAAGAAGGGGAGAUUACGGAGAAUUUAUUUUUUCGUUUACUCGCGCAAGCACAAAUGUUAAUUGAUUUGUGGACUAAUUCUGAUAAGGUUGAAAGUGUGUCGGCUGGUUUCACUAACAAUUUAAAACUUCCAGUUAUAAAAAUUUCCUUGUACGACGGCAAUAUGAACCAGUGGCUAGAAUUUAGGGACAUGUACUUAUCCUUGAUUCACAAUAAUGAGAGAAUUGAUGACGUCACUAAAUUUCAUUAUUUAAAAUCUUAUUUGACGGGUUCUGCUGCCGCGGUCAUCAGUUCUGUCACAGUUUCUGCCAAUAAUUACAAUAUCGCUUGGUCUUUGCUCUGCGAGAGAUACAACAACAAACGUCUUCUUGUGAACGAACAUUUAAAGUGUCUAUUUGCUAUUAAACAAUUAUAUAAGGAGUCAGAUGAAGGAUUACGCAAUUUAAUAGACAUAUUGUCAAAAAAUUUAAGUGCUUUAAAUUCAUUGGGCGAGCCCACUGAAAGGUGGGAUACUAUUAUUAUUUAUAUGGCCUCAUCAAAGUUGGAUAGUCAGUCCAUGAGGAAAUGGGAGGAGUACAGGAGCAAAAUAGAAUCUCCCAUUUUAGAUGAUUUUUAUACGUUUCUUCGUGACAGCGCAAAUGUUUUAGAAACAUUAGGCAUAAAUAAGGGUUCGUUUCAUAAUAAUACAUUCGAUAGGCAACAAGGGUCGAUUAAAUCAAAGUCAUUUAUGGUAUCUUCUGAUUCUGUUUGUAUAUUAUGUUCACAAAAUCAUAGGUUACAUGAAUGUUUAAAAUUUAAAUCAUUACCUAUUGAUGAACGGAAUACCAAGGUUUACCAAUUCAAAUUAUGUUCCAAUUGUCUUCGAAAUGGCCAUCAGUCGUACCAAUGCAAGCUUGGCGGAUGUAGAAUCUGCAACAGAAAACAUAAUACAUUAUUACAUAAAACACAAACACAUGAAGCUACUCGACAUCAAUACAUACAACCACAACAAGAUACACAACAAACACUACAAGCUCAACAACAAAUACAUACGUCACACGCACAUCAAGGACAAAUACCUACUAGUUCUCUAAUUACUACAAAUACAAAUAAUAAUGAUACAUGCUUACCGCAAGACACUACGUUGCUAAAUACCGCGUCAACUAUAAAUAUGUCUGCUGUAUCCUCGUGCCACACAUUGCUGUCAACUGCUUUAGUCGAGGUUACAAACAAUGACAACAAAACAAAGCUGGUAUUGCGAGCGUUACUGGACAGUGGAAGCCAGUCGUCGUUUAUUAGCAAGAAAGCUCAAAUUCAAAUUGGCUGCUUCAAGCAUACAAAUCGGUACCACUAUGUGUCUGGUUUAAAUAACAGUAUAAUUAAUGUUACCGAACAUUGUGAUUUACGAUUAAAAUCACUAUACAAUGCAUACAGCACUCCUAUCAAAUGCUAUAUUGUACCAACUAUUACUGAUAAACUUCCUCAAUCAAAUAUUAACGUUAAUAAUUUAGAUAUUCCUAACGAAUUCAAGCUAGCUGAUCCCACAUUUUACUAUCCUUCAGAUAUUGAUCUUCUGUUAGGUGCAGAUGUAUUCUGGGAUUUGAUAAGGGCAAACAAGGUUAAAUUUGAUAAUAAUAAUUUAAUAUUACAAGAGACAGAAUUGGGUUGGGUAGUAGCUGGCCCUAUGGGAGGGAAUACACAGUUUAUAAAAAGUGUAUGUCAUUUCAGUCUUGACAUUAAGAACCAACUGACAAAAUUCUGGGAGCUCGAGGAGUUAUCCACCACUAAUGUUUUAUCAAAUGAACAUAAUUAUUGUGAGUCACUUUUCGUGAAUACGACUCAUCGUGAUGAUAUGGGUAGAUUCUGUGUCCAAAUUCCUUUGCGUGACUCGCCUAACGUGCUCGGUGAUUCUUAUGAUAUGGCGUUAAAACGAUUGCUUCAAAUCGAACGCAAAAUGAGACAUAAACCAAUAUUAAGACAGGAAUAUACAAAGUUUCUUAAUGAAUACGAAAGUUUAGGACAUUUGACUGAAAUUCCAAAACCUACAUUCGGCUGUUAUUUACCACACCAUGCUGUGAUAAAGGAACGUAGUGAAACGACAAAGUUGAGAGUUGUAUUCGAUGCUUCAGCGAAAACUACGUCUGGAAAAUCCUUUAAUGAUAUACAACACAUAGGUCCAGUUGUACAGGACGAUUUAUUUUCAAUCCUUUUACGAUUUAGACAGCAUAAAUAUGUUGUAACAGGCGAUAUCGAGAAAAUGUAUCGCCAAAUAUUGAUUGUUCCUGAACAGCGUCAUUUGCAACUAGUAUUGUGGCGUGAUGAUGAAUCCUCACCCAUAAAAAUACUUCGGUUAAAUACCGUUACAUAUGGUACGGCAUCUGCGCCUUUCCUUAGUACUAGAUGUCUAAUGCAACUCUCAAAAGAAUGUCAAGAUCCAAAAAUAGCACAGUUAAUCAGAGAAGAUUUCUAUGUUGAUGACUUUUUAUCUGGUGCAGGAACAAAAGAAGAAUUAAAACAAAUAAUUAACUCGGUUACUAGCAUUCUUAAUACCGCAUGCUUUCCUUUGCGUAAAUUCCGUACCAAUGUGCCAUCAAUAUUUCAAUCUGGUAACGAUACAUCUGUGCCUAAAAGUCUGGAUUUAUCUUCUCAAUCAAGUGCAUUGGGUUUAAGAUGGGACCCAUCACAGGACGUGUUUGAAUUUCCACUACAAAUAGAAACCCCACCUUCCAUUACAAAGCGCACUAUCCUGUCUAGUUCCGCAAAACUAUUUGAUCCAUUGGGUCUGUUAGGUUUAUGUACAAUCAUAAGUAAAAUAAUUCUACAAAAAUUGUGGUUAACUAAGUUGGAUUGGGACGAUCCCGUACCAACGGAAAUCGCAAUUAAAUGGAACAACUUUGUUUCGAGCUUAAGUGAAUUAUCUAAGGUUCGGGUACCCAGAUGUGUUCUUACUAGUGAUCCUGUAGAGGUUGAACUUCAUUCAUUUUCUGAUGCAUCACAGGAUGCAUAUGCUGCCUGCAUCUAUUUACGGUCUGUUGACAGUUUGGGAAGUGUGUCUGUUCGGCUUCUGUGUUCUAAGACCAAAGUCGCUCCACUCAAGGCUACGUCAAUCCCACGCCUCGAACUUUGUGGUGCUCAAUUGGCAGCACGUCUAAGUUCUAAGGUUGUAAAAGCCUUUAGAGGUCCUAUUCUGAAAGCUACUCAUUGGACAGAUUCUACCGUAGUUAUUAGCUGGAUAUUGUCUCAUUCCAGUGAACUACAAACAUUUGUAGCCAAUCGGGUGAGUGAAAUCCAAGAUUUAACAUCUCCACAAUCUUGGAGACAUGUGCCAGGUUCUGAUAAUCCAGCUGAUUUAGCAUCGCGAGGUCUAGAUCCCAAACAAAUACAUAAGUCCACACUAUGGUGGAAUGGUCCUCAAUUUUUACAACUUAAAUCAUAUAAUUGGCCACAAAACAUAAGUGUUCCAGUUGAAGUUCCUGAAAAAAGGAUUAAUUCUAAAGAUACAUGCAAGGUUAAAAUUAUGUCUCUACACAAAUCUAAAUCUGUGUGCAUACCUGAAAUAGAAACUACUUAUACUACAUCUACAUGCACUACAGCUACACACUCUACAAAUAUAAUCAAUACUAACUACACAGACACUAAUUCUGUUGUAAACUUCGAGAAGUACUCAAAUUUCACAAACUUACAAAGAAUAGUAGCUUAUUUAAAACGCUUUAUACAUAAUUUACGUAAUUCUACUUCAAAAAUUACAGGCCCUUUAUCAUGCGAUGAAUUGGAGGUAGCUUUAAUAUGUCUAAUCAAAUUACAUCAAAGAGAAUGUUUUUCUAAGGAAAUAACAUUUAUAACUAACAACAAAGAAUUACCCCAUAAAUCAAUUCUUCUAUCUCUUAGUCCCUUUGUUGAUGACUCUGGUAUACUGCGGGUUGGUGGGAGGAUUCAAAACUCUCCUGAAAUUUUUGAAAGGAAACAUCCAGCUUUGUUAGAAUCUAAUCAUCAUUUUACAAAACUACUUUUUAUUCAUGAACACAGGGCACAUUUUCAUUGUGGCCCUCAGCUUUUAUUAUGCAGCGUAAGACAAACGUAUUGGCCGUUGAGAGGCAGAAAUUUGGCUAGAAGUACAGUUAAUCGAUGUGUCUUAUGUAGAAUUCUAAAGGCUAAAAGUAAUAAUCCAAUAAUGGGCAACUUACCUGCUCCACGCGUGACGCAAAAUUUUCCUUUCCAAAUAAGUGGUGUUGAUUUUGCUGGGCCAUUUUUAAUAACUGAUCGUAAGGGUCGCGGCUGUCGUAUAACUAAAUGUUAUUUAUGUCUUUUUAUCUGUUUCGCCACAAAAUCCUUACACCUCGAAGUAGCAAGUGAUUUGACUACAGAUAUUUUUAUUUUGUGUUUAAGACGAUUCAUUUCUCGUAGAGGGAAGCCAAGUGAAUUAUUUUGCGACAAUGGUACAAACUUUAUAGGUGCUAAUAAUGAAAUUAAUAGUUUUCUCAAGUCGAGCAAUGAACGCAUCUACACAUAUGCCGCUAGUGAAGGCAUUAAAUUUAAAUUUUCACCUGCUUAUUCCCCCCAUUUUGGAGGGAUCUGGGAAGCAGGCGUGAAGUCCGCUAAAUUUCACAUACUUAGAAUUUUGGGAAAUCAACAUUUGACGUUCGAGGAGUUGUCUACUUUAUUUGCUCAAAUUGAGGCUCUCCUUAAUUCCCGUCCCCUAACUCCACUGUCAACUGAUCCUAACGACCUAUCUCCUCUUACCCCUGGCCACUUCUUGAUUGGCAGAGCAUUAACAUCAUUACCUUCACCUGCUCUUCUGGAUAUUAACGUUAACCACCUGGAUCGAUAUCAAAAACUUGAACGUAUCCGGCAGCAUUUCUGGGAAAGGUGGCGACAUGAGUACCUCAGUGAAAUACAGCAACGGAGCAAAUGGCAGACGAAGCAAAAUUCAGUUCAAGAAGGAGACAUGGUUGUCUUAAAGGACCCCAAUUUACCUCCACUACAAUGGCGUGUAGGACGAGUUAGUCGUCUUUAUCCCGGCUCAGAUGGCGUUACAAGAGUUAUCGAUGUUCAUACUGCUAAGGGCAUCCUGCGUCGAGCAGUUGCGAAAGUUUGUCUUCUACCGACUUCUUCAAGCUCAUUUGUGACCUCUCGAAUCCUGGACGUAUUCGAGGGGGGGGAAGAUGUUCACGCCGUAUAG